AAACCCCGUCGGUGUUGAAUGCGAUCUGUGUCAAUGUGUCCGACCGAUUUGUUGAUUGUGCGCUAACGGUCGGUAGUGUUUCAUUCACUUAAUUCAUUUUUUACUGGAUUAUUUCCUGAAAUUAGUGAUGACUGACUAUGGAACCUACAAAUACGAGUCCUCCUACGAAGACAGCUGCGAUUCCGGCCUGGAGUUUUCCUACAAAUCUGAAACUACCGAGCAAACCGAUGACCGCAGUGACCUGUUUGAUCUGGACAAUGAACUUCACACUCCAACCAAACAAGCGAACCCACCAGGUUUCAACCAGGACCUCUACAACAAGUUCAAUUCGGCUUUCUACAGCAGCUUGGUGGAGCUGGAUAGACGGCCGGGGUUUCGGGCACAGCAAUCAGCACCCAACUGCCGCAGGAAUUUGAGCAGCGAAUUCAACGAGGCUAGGGAUGGUUUUGUGGGCAGUCUGACUCCACCCUUGGAGGACGAUAGUGGAAAAGAGCGACCGAAGAAGCGGUACGCAACCGGACGCAAUCGGGUGUCCAGAGCUAAAAGUCCCACGCAAAUAAUGCGAAUAAAACGCGUGAGAAGACUGAAAGCUAACGAUCGUGAGAGGAAUAGGAUGCACAUGCUCAAUGAGGCUUUGGAUCGGCUUAGGUGCGUUCUGCCCACUUUUCCCGAGGACACCAAGCUGACCAAGAUCGAAACGCUGCGAUUUGCGCACAACUACAUCCACGCUCUUUCGGAAGCUGCUAAGGAUGUGGAAAAGUAUUCGACCAAAGACAGCGUCAUAAUCAAUGUAGGCAAUAUGACGGUGUCCAUUAACAAAGAAGGGAGCAGCAGCAUCACCUCCAAGGGAUUCGAGGACAGGCGCUCAAAUGCUUUGGUAAUCAGUGGCAGCAUAACCAAUGCGAGUUUCAUGCAGGACUACAAUCCAGCCUUUGGCAGUGGAAGCAGCAACAUGUCCAGUCCAUGCGAAAGCUACCAAAGCCCCAUCCAGUACCCAAAUGAACUGAAUUCCUACAACGCGCCGUAUUUUCCGAGAUUCGAACCCUACAGCCAGAAUUGCCUGACGUUCCCCAGCCAUCCACAUGGAUACAACAAUAAUGGAAUGUAUGAAGCAAGCGACUACAUGAAAAUGUCUGGAUAGGGAGCUUUUUCAGUGCUAUGCAAUAUAUGUUCCUAGGAAAGUCCAUGAAGAGUCAAUCACCUCAAUCUAGUCUAAAUGAAAUGUGAUUUUUAUAGUUCUAUGUAUAUAAGAGAGUUUUGUAUGAAAGUAGGAUAUGAAAUAAUUGGCGGAUAUUUUCAAUAAAGGCUUUUACACAUG